CCGAAGACCCGAGGAUCUGGGCAAGAUAGCCGUUACGCAAGCGCAGAACAAUUCGCUGGCCGCGCAAUGCCGCGUGGGUCUUGUAGUUUCUUGGCUGGGCAUGACCGGAAGGGAGGAGAGAAGGGCGCAUGGCAUGGCGGGAGAUAUAGUCCUUCCGGGAAGUCCCUCCUCCUUCGGAAGACUGGCGGCGCAGGCGCAUACUGCUCUUCCUUAAGGGCGGGAGUCUCGGUUUGUGGUGGCUUUGCUGAGGCAGUUGUGCCCGCACUACCGUUAGAAGCUCAGUUUCCCGGAGGAUGUAAGUCCCUUUGAGGCGAAAUGGCUCGGGGCGAGAAAGGAGCAGACUUUGGCAAUGGAAGGACCGCCGCGACCUCAGGCUGACCGUAGGGAGGGAUCUUGAGGGCCCUCCGAGUCCCCUGGGUUUGCGCUUUCUUUCUUCGCAGCCGCCGUGCCUACCGCGAGGAUGAGCUCGGCUUCGGUCACCGCUUUCGAGAAGGAGCAUCUCUGGAUGUAUCUGCAGGCGCUCGGCUUCGAGCCAGGCCCGGCAACCAUUGCCUGCGGAAAGAUCGUGUCGCACACGCAUCUCGGAGUGAACAUGUUUGACAAGCUGAACCGUGAUGCCUUUCAUAUAGUUUCUUAUUUUUUGUUUCAAGUUCUGGACCAGUCUCUCACCAAAGAAGUUUUCAAAUUUUGUUGGCCCCCAUUUGACCAAAAAAGUGAUACUGAAUUCCGAAAACAUUGCUGUGAAUGGAUAAAAAGGAUUUCUGGUGAAUGUGGAAGUAGCUUUCCUCAAGUUGUUGGUUCACUAUUUCUUUCUCCUGGUGGGCCUAAGUUUAUUCAUCUGAUGUAUCAUUUUGCAAGAUUUGUUGCAAUGAAAUAUAUUAAAUCCAAUGCUAAAAAUUCUUCUCAUCAUUUUGUAGAGACAUUUAACAUAAAACCACAGGACUUGCACAAAUGCAUUGCCAGAUGCCAUUUCGCACGUAGCAGAUUUUUACAAAUUUUGCAAAGAGAAGAUUGUGUUACCCAAAAAUAUCAGGAAAAUGCGCAAUUAUCAGUUAAGCAGGUACGAAACUUGAGAUCUGAAUGUGUAGGACUGGAAAACCAAAUAAAGAAAAUGGAACCCUAUGAUGACCACAGUAAUAUAGAAGAAAAAAUUCAAAAGGUUCGGUCUUUGUGGGCUUCAGUGAAUGAAACGCUCAUGUUUUUGGAAAAAGAGAGAGAAGUUGUUAGUUCGGUCCUUAGUCUUGUUAACCAAUAUUAUGCUUUAGAUGGAACUGAUGUUGCUAUUAAUAUUCCAAGGCUCUUACUUGACAAGAUUGAGAAACAAAUGUUUCAGUUGCACAUAGGAAAUGUUUAUGAGGCUGGAAAACUGAACCUCUUAACAGUUAUUCAGUUAUUAAAUGAAGUCUUGAAAGUGAUGAAAUAUGAACGUUGUCAGGCUGAUGAGGCAAGAUUGACGGUAGACCUUCACUACCUUGAAAAAGAGACCAAAUUUCAGAAGGAAAGAUUAUCAGAUCUGAAGCAUAUGAGGUAUAGGAUAAAAGAUGAUCUCACAACUAUAAGACAAUCUGUUGUUGAAAAGCAAGGAGAAUGGCAUAAAAAGUGGAAAGAAUUUCUUGGUUUGUCUCCUUUCAGUCUAAUUAAAGGUUGGACUCCAUCUGUAGAUCUUUUACCACCAAUGUCUCCCCUUUCAUUUGAUCCUGCCUCAGAAGAAGUAUAUGCAAAGAGUAUUCUUUGUCAGUAUCCUGCUUCACUUCCAGAUACACAUAAGCAACAUAACCAAGAAAAUGUUUGCAGAGGAGACAGUAAUACCUUGGGAGCUCUACAUGAUCUAGCCAACAGCCCUGCCUCUUUCUUGUUGCAGUCAGUUUCAUCAUCAGAUAGAAACAGUGUUAUACUACUUGAAAAGGACACAAAGAUGAGAACUCCCAAAGAAAAAAAUGAAGCAAUUUCUAAGAAAAUACCAGAAUUUGAAGUGGAAAAUUCUCCAUUAUCAGAUGUUGCAACGAAUACAGAGAGUAGUACAUUUGGAGGGUCUCUGCCAGCUAAAAAAAGUGAUCCAUUUCAAAAAGAGCAAGAUCAUCUGGUAGAAGAGAUUGCCAGAGCAGUUUUAUCUGAUUCACCACAACUCUCUGAAGGAAAUGAAAUAAAAUUAGAGGAACUAAUUGACUCUCUGGGUUCUAACCCCUUCUUAACAAGGAAUCAGAUUCCCCGAACUCCAGAAAACUUGAUAACUGAAAUUAGGAGCUCAUGGAGAAAAGCUAUUGAAAUGGAAGAAAACAGAACUGCAGAACCAACUCAAAUGGAUGCUGAACAUAGAGAAGUAUUGCCAGAAUCAUUACCUGUGUUGCACAGUCAAAGAGAAUUUAGCAUGGAUGAUUUUCUCUUAGAAACCACUGUGUCAGAUUUUGGCCAGUCUCGUUCGACUGAAGAGAAAGUUGUUUCAGAUUGCAAGUGUGUGCCUCAGAAACCUGUGCUGACCAGUCACAUAGAUGAACCACCAACACAAAGUCAGUCAGAUUUGUUAAAUAAGAAAGUAAUUUGCAAGCAAGAUUUGGAAUGUUUAGCCUUCACCAAGCUUUCAGAAACUAGCCAAAUGGAGACAUUCUCCCCAGCUGUUGGCAAUAGGAUAGAUGUGAUGGGUGGCAGUGAAGAGGAGUUUAUGAAAAUAUUGGACCACUUAGAAGUUUCUUGUAACAAACCUUCCACAAAUAAAACUAUGUUGUGGAACUCUUUUCAGCUAUCAAGUGGAAUUAGUUCUAAGAGUUUUAAAGAUAAUGAUUUUGGCAUAUUACACGAAACUCUUCCGGAAGAAGUUGGUCACCUAAGUUUUAAUAGUUCCAGUAGUUCAGAGGCCAAUUUUAAACUGGAGCCAAAUAGUCCUAUGCAUGGUGGCAUUCUUCUAGAAAAUGUUGUGGGAGGGAGACAGACUACUCCAGAAUCAGACUUCAAUAUACAGGCUCUUCGCAGUAGAUACGAGGCUCUGAAGAAAUCUCUUUCCAAGAAAGGGGAAGAAUCUUACCUCUCGAAUUCCCAAACACCCGAAAGACACAAACCAGAAUUGAGCCCUACUCCCCAAAAUGUACAAACAGAUGAUGUGCUUAACUUUUUGGACACCCGUGAUUUGCAUACUGACCAUACAAAGACAUCUUUACCCAUGUCCAUCGGUGAAAGAAAACGGUCUCUUUCACCACUAAUUAAGUUUUCUCCAGUGGAACAAAGAUUGAGGACCACAAUAUCAUGUAGUCUUGGAGAACUACCUAAUUUAAAAGAAGAAGACAUUUUGAAUAAGAGCCUUGAUGCAAAAGAACCACCAUCUGACUUGACAAGAUGAAGACAUACCUAUUUAAUAUAACUAUGAUGCACUUAAAUUGAAGCUAUGCCACGGGAUAGAAACUGAAUUAUAACUUAAAUACAUGUUGGAAGUGUAACACUGUUUUUCAAAGUUUUAAAAAAAUUCCAAAUGCCUUUUAGCCUUCUUUAAUAUUUUUAGGUAAGGAAAGUAUGUUUGGAUUUUUUCUCUUUGUAGGUAUAUGAGAUUGAAAUAUGAAGUAUUUGGAAAACAAACGUCAAGCAAUGGGAAGCCAUUUUGAUUUCUUGAGUAAUCUUGUAAGCAUUAAGUGAAUGACAAAGUAGUAGUGUAACUAAUUUCUUAUGUUAUAACUUCAGUCAGUGAAUAUAAGGAUGAGUAGUUUUUGUUGUAUGUUCACUAAGUGGUUAAUAGCCAUUGAAUAUACUAAUCUUUCAUCGUAGAGAACUAUACAACUUUUAUUGUUUCUUUAUGGAACAUUCUGGCUGACCAGAAAAAGUGAGAAAAGUAGUACCUUGGGAUGUGUAGUCAAGAUGACAAAUUUUAAGACUGGAAAAGCUCUAAACAAGCUUAAUGAUUAUUCAAGUAGAAUGAUCCUGAGAAGUGAUGUUUGGUGGAAUAAAGUGCAUGUGAUGAUUAAGUGAAGACUGGGGCAGAAUGAUUUAAAAAAAGGAAAAAGAUGGAAGAAGAUGAGUAGACACGUGUAAGGAACACUGUCAAACUAUAAAUCCAUUCAGUGGGUUGUAUAACAUUUAUAUUUAGUCUAAUUUAGACUUUGAUAAUUUAACUUAAUCCUACUUUUAUAUUUUAACAAAAAUAUAAAUUAAAAUUUUCAUUAGUCUGUU